GCAGCUAUGAUUGCUUGAAGACUUCCUUAAAACGACCUCUUUCAUGCGACUUUGAAGAUGGAAAAGUAUCAAAUGCUUCUUGUCCCUUGUCAAAAUCUGUAAAAACUGAUAUGACAGAUGUUGAUCCCUUGGAUAUUGGACAUUUUGUAUCUGUGGCGGCCCUAGAUGACAACACAAAGCUAAGACUUAUAACAAAUUACUGGAAGCCUCCCCCUUUUUUCAAUUUUCCUUUUUCUGAGAAUGGUAAAUCUUCAAGAAAAUUUUGUGCUGGCUGGCUAGAUCGUUGGUCCUGGUUGUGCUACUCUAAAUUAUUUGAUGGAGCCUUUUGUUAUUAUUGCGUUUUGUUCGGUCAUCAAACAGGACAUAAUGGUUCAAAGCUUAGUAAAUUAUUUAAGGAACCCUUAAGAAACUGGCAGAGUGCGGCAACAAAAUUUUACCAGCAUGACAAAUAUUCCCUAAUUCACCGUGACUCCAAGUUACGUUUGUCGCAGUUCCAACGUGUGAUGAAAGGUAAAACUAUUGGCAUCGACGAACAAGCCGAUCAUCUUAGAAGUGCCUGCAUUCAAUACAAUCGUGACGUUUUAGGCUCUAUUAUUAAAACUAUUAUACUGGCAGGCAGACAGAAUCUUCCCUUACGAGGCCAUCGUGACGACUCAAAGUAUUUUCUAUCUUCUAAUCCUGGGAACUUUCAAGCCUUUUUGAAUUUUAGAGUAGACGCGGGUGACGCGAAACUAGAAAAACAUUUUGAAAAUGCAAGUAAGAAUGCAACUUAUCGUUCGAAGACAAUUCAAAACAAGCUGAUAAAGAUCUGCGGGGAACAAAUCAAAGAAAAGAUUGUUUCUGAAAUCAAUUCUAGUGAAUGCCCAAUUUACUCAGUCCUUGGUGAUGAGGCAACAGACUGCAGCAGUAUCGAGCAGAUGCCAAUUGUUGUAAGGUAUGUUGACUCAAAGCAAGAAAUUAAUGAACGAUUUAUUAAAUUUGUUGAGUGUGAAGGAAUGACUGGCGAAGCGCUAGCGAAGAAUAUCGAAGAUACUUUAAACGAAGUUGGGCUACUACUUUCCAACUGUCGUGGUCAGUGCUAUGAUGGUGCCAGUGCAAUGUCAAGCAAAUCAAAGGGAGUUGCUGGUCGUAUUUUAAAAUAAAAUCCAAAAGCUUUGUAUAUCCAUUGCGCUAGUCAUCGAUUGAAC